GGGUGCGGGCGGCUAGAGGCUGGCCUGAAGACCGUUAGAGACUCCCUCUGCCCCGGGGCCCCCUGGCUCUCCUCCCUGCUGCGCGGCUGCCCACCUGGCGACGUGACGCUCCACCAAUCCCCUUCGAGCUCCUCCGGGCCCCUUCGCCUUGCACCGCCCCCCUCCUCACCCUGAAAGGCGCACCCUGCCCCGGCCGCUCUGCGCUCUCGCCGCGGAGCACCCUUCUGGCUUCUUCGUCUCUCGGACGGACGGACGCUAGAGCUCUCUUCUCCUUCCCUUAGCCAAACUUACUUUCCCGCCUCCCGAAAAACUCCAGCUUCCCUCUUCCUCCUCCCGCUCGGCUCUCGGCUCUUUUCCUCUCCACUUCCCUCUCCUCUCCCGAACCACAAACCCACCUUCCCAUUCCUCUCUCCCAUCCCAUCCUCCCUUCCCGGGACCCCCAAAACUCUUCCUCCUUCACCUCAGACGCAGUCCCAGCGCGCCUGCUGGACGCGGUCUCCCGCUUGGUUCUUCUCGAAGCCAUGGCAGGACCUGGGAGUUGGAGGGACAAGGAGGUGACAGAUCUUGGCCAGUUGCCGGAUCCAACUGGAAUAUUCUCACUAGAUAAAGCCAUUGGUCUUGGUACUUAUGGAAGAAUCUUUUUGGGAAUCCAUGAAAAGACUGGUUCAUUGGUGGCUGUUAAAGUAAUGAGUGCCAGGAAGACUCCUUUGCCUGAGAUAGGAAGACGGGUGAGAGUGAAUAAAUACCAAAAGUCUGUUGGAUGGAGAUACAGCGAUGAAGAAGAGGAUCUUAGGACGGAACUCAACCUGCUGAGGAAGUACUCUUUCCACAAAAACAUUGUGACCUUCUAUGGAGCAUUUUUCAAGCUGAAUCCUCCUGGCCAUCAGCACCAACUUUGGAUGGUAAUGGAGCUAUGUGCAGCAGGCUCAGUCACUGAUGUAGUGAGGAUGACAAGAAAUCAGAGUUUAAAAGAAGACUGGAUCGCUUAUAUCUGUCGAGAAAUCCUUCAGGGCUUAGCUCACCUUCAUGCACACCAAGUAAUUCACCGGGACAUCAAAGGACAAAAUGUGCUGCUGACUCAUGAUGCUGAAGUCAAAAUAGUGGAUUUUGGAGUGAGUGCCCAAGUGAGCAGAACAAAUGGACGGAGAAAUAGCUUCAUUGGUACACCGUACUGGAUGGCCCCAGAGGUGAUUCAUUGUGAUGAGGACCCAAGGUGUUCCUAUGAUUACAGAAGUGAUGUGUGGUCUGUGGGAAUCACUGCUAUUGAAAUGGCUGAAGGGGCUCCUCCUCUGUGUAAGCUUCAGCCUCUGGAAGCCCUUUGUGUUAUUCUACGGGAAGCCGCUCCCAAAGUCAAAUCCAGUGGAUGGUCCCGUAAGUUCCAGAAUUUCAUGGAAAAUUGCAUGAUAAAAAAUUUCCUAUUUCGUCCUACAUCUGGAAACAUGCUUCUUCACCCAUUUGUCCAUGAUAUAAAAAAUGAACGACGUGUUGUGGAGUCCUUGACAAAACAUCUUACUGGGAUCAUUCAAAAGAGAGAGAAAAAAGGAAUACCUGUGGCCUUUGAAGGAGAAGAAGCUGCUAAGGAACAGUACAUCACAAGGAGAUUCAGAGGGCCUUCUUGCACUCCUGAGCUUCUCAGAGUGCCAACCAGCAGCAGAUGCAGACCACUCAGAGUCCUGCAUGGAGAGCCCCCUCAGCCAAGGUGGCUACCUGAUCAAGAAGACCCACAGGACCAAGAACUUCAACAACUGCAGAAGGCAGCCGGAGUGUUCAUGCCUCUACAUUCUCAGGACAAUACAUCCAAGCUUUUCCCAAAGCAGGUUGAGGUAGCACCCUAUCUCCGUGGGGCAGCUCAGGUGGUCAUGCCAGUACUGGUACAGGUUGAAGCACCGCCCCAAGUAAGCAAAGCAGCCCAGAUGCUCAAGUCACUCCCCACUCAGGACAACAAAGCUACUUCUCCAGAGGUCCAGGCCCCCGUAGCCGAAGGACAGCAGGCCCAGCAUGAGGCCUUAGAGACAGAACAGCCUAAAGAUUUGGACCAGGUGCCAGAAGAAUUUCAGGGGCAAGACAGGGCACCUGAACAGCCAAGGCAGGGCCAGGCUGCUGAGCAGCAGCAGAUACAUAAUCCGGUUCCUGAGCAGCCGCCGGAGGAGGAUAGGGAGCCUGAGCAAGCUGAGGUGCAGGAAGAGGCUGUGGAGCCUCCCCAAGCUGAGAUCGAGGACAAGGAACCUGAGGUAGUGCAAGUGCACGCCCAGGUGCUCCUGCCUUUACUGUCCCAGAACCGUCACGUGCUCUUGCCUCUUCAUUUGGAUAGACAGCUGCUCAUUCCGGUAGGGGAACAAAAUGAAGAGGUACCACGAGCCCAGGCCUGGGAUCUAGAGGCCUCAAGGGCAGUUGGUGCAGUGCAAGCGCUGAUCGAGGGACUAUCCAGGGACUUGCUUCGAGCACCAAAUGCAUUUGUCACAAAACCACUUGGUCCGCUGCAGAUCUUCUUGGAAAAUUUGUCUACAGACGGGUUUUACACUGAGCCGGAACCGACACAGAAGAAAAAGUCGAAAGUUGCUAGUCUAAGGAAAGCAAUAGCAAAACGACUAAGACCCAAGAGGUUCAGAGCAAAGGCAUUAUGGCGACUUGAAGAUUUUGAAUUCUCAGAUGUAGAAACCAGCAGGAGACGGCGCCACCGUAGAUGGGAGGACAUCUUUAAUCAGCAUGAAGAGCAACUGAGACGAGUUGAAAAUGACAGAGAAGAUGACUCAUCAGACAAUGAUGAAGUGUUUCAUUCAAUUCAGGCUGAAGUCCAAAUAGAACCACACGCUGCAAAUCCUGCAGGAAAUGAGGUCCAUGAGAGAUCUGCUCCCAUGCCUUGCAACCGGAAUCGCACACAUCGUGUGAAAUUUUCUCCAAGUGUUGGUGAGGAAGAGCCUUCUUUGGAAGAAGCCCAGCCGCAGCAGCAGCAGCAGCAGCCCAUGAACAUCCGACCGAGGAAUUGCCUAAAUCCUCAGAAUUUUCAAGCUCAAUCAGACUCAUCUUCUGAGGAGGACAGUCCUGUGACUAGGAGGAAGUCCCAGUCAUCACCGCCUUAUUCUACUAUUGAUCAGAAGCUACUGAUUGAUAUCCACGUUCCAGAUGGAUUUAAAGUGGGGAAAAUAUCACCUCCUGUGUACUUGACAAAUGAAUGGGUAGGCUAUAAUGCACUCUCUGAAAUCUUCUGGGAUGACUGGAUAAUGCCUACACGUCCCGCUCGGCCACCUGAAGAAGAUGGUGAUUAUGUUGAACUCUAUGAUGCUGAUGCCAAUGCUAAUGGUGAUGAAGAAGUUGCAAACGGUGCUUAUGAAGAUCCUCGUGAUGGUGCCAAUGGCCAUGAUGACAUGAAUAACCAGCUUGAUCAAGCAAAUGGUUAUGAAGGCCAUGGUGCUGCUGGCUACAAUGGUGGAGACGUUGGUGGUAAUCAUGGUGCUGCUUUCAAUGGGCCAAGAGCAAAUUAUCCCAGAGCGGGAAUCUUGAAAAACGGUCAUAAUGAUGGACGUGCUCUAAACAGGGGAGCUUUUGGAGUCUUUGGAGACAAUGCAGCCAGAGCUUUCCAUGGAGCUGCCGGUGAAGCAGGUGCAGCCUUUGGAAACCAUGGAGCCAAUAGGGGCAAUGGAAGAGGUAACAGAAACAGGGAGGCCAAUGGAAGGAAUGAAGAGAAUGGAGCAUUUGGACGGGAUCAACAUGUAUUUCCAGAGUUUGAACAUGAGGAAUCAGAUCGUGGAACUGAGACCUCAGAUUCAAUUGCCUUGGAGAUCACAUCCUUUGAUGGUGAGCAAAACAGUGGUAGACCAGUAUCAUCAACAACAAUGGGUUUUCCUAUUGGACGCUCAUCUCCUAGAGGUUCUGAUUUUGGGAGUGACAUCUCAUAUAACAGCCCAAUACUACAUGUGUAUGAAAAGGAUUUCUCAUCUGAGGUCUACUGUGGUUCUUUGUGGGGAGUCAAUUUGUUGCUGGGCACCCAAUCUCAUCUGUAUCUGAUGGACCGAAGUGGAAAGGCAGAAAUUGUUAAACUUAUAAAGCGAAGACCAUUCCGGCAGAUUCAAGUCGUGGAGCAGCUCAAUUUGCUGAUUACCAUCUCUGGCAAAAAGAACAGACUUCGCGUGUAUCAUCUGUCUUGGCUGAGGAACAAAAUUCUGAAUAAUGAUCCAAAGAGUAAGAAAAGGCAGAAGGCGAUGAGGAAGAAAGAGGAAGCUUGCAAAGCUAUCGAUAAGUUGAUUGGCUGUGAACACUUCAGUGUCCUUCAACAUGAAGAAACAACAUACAUUGCGGUUGCUGUGAAGUCAUCAAUUCACCUCUUUGCAUGGGCACCAAAAUCCUUUGAUGAAAACACUGCCAUUAAAGUAUUAUGCAUUGACCAAUCAGCAGACUCCGAAGGAGACUACAUGUCCUAUGAAGCCUAUAUACGAAUAUUGGCAAAAAUACAGGCAGCUGAUCCAGCGAACCGGUUUAAGAGACCAGAUGAGCUCCUUCAUUUGCUGAAGCUCAAGGUGUUUCCAACUCGUGAUCUUAAGCCACUGACAGUUGACCUGGCUGUUGGUUCAGAGAAAACACUGAAGAUUUUCUUCAGCUCAGCUAAUGGAUAUCAUAUCAUCGAUGCAGAAUCUGAAGUUAUGUCUGAGGUGACCUUGCCAAAUAAUUCACUGGAAAUCAUUAUCCCACAGAAUGUCGUCAUUUUACCUGAUUGCUUGGGACUUGGUGUGAUGCUCUCCCUCAAUGCUGAAGCUGCCUCCGAGGAAGCAAACGAACAACUCCUUAAGAAGAUCCUGGACGUGUGGAAGGACAUACCGUCUUCUGUGGCUUUUGAGUGUACAAAGAGAAUCACUGGAUGGGACCAAAAGGCUAUUGAAGUGCGCUCUCUUCAGUCAACUAUUCUCGAGAAUGAGCUGAAGCGCCGCUCAAUCAAGAAACUGAGAUUUCUCUGUGCCCGUGGUGACAAGAUGUUCUUUGCUUCUACACUGAGCAAUGACCACAGCCGGGUUUACCUUAUGAGCCUUGGAAAACUUGAAGAGCUCCAUAGAAGCUAUGCUGUUUAAAGGGGUCCAGUGAUCGACUACAACCUUUACAUCCACCACACACAUGCCAUUGAAUCCUAACAUCAGAAUUUUAUCAUUAGAGAAAACUUUCAUCAGAGGCUUUUAAUGUAGCACAGAAUAGUUUGGAUAAGAAAUGAAGCUUUAUAAAGAAAAUUAACUAUAGCAAGCUCUAUGUACUCCAGUGGUGUACAAUCUGUUUUGCACAAACUUUGUAACUUUUGUUACUGUGAAUUCAAACAUUUCUCUUAGGACAGUUUGGACAGUAUCUGUAUUCAGAUUUACAGCAUGGAGUAAAGAAACCUGUUAUAAAUUGCAUCACCAGCAACUUUCAAAGGAAUUGGCCCUAAUUAAGCUUUUCCAAAACAAAAAAAUAGAUACAUGUUUUUUUUUUCCAAGUGAAGGUUAGAUUAAAAGACAAAACAUAAUGAAUUUUGCAACCCAGACUAAGGUUGAACAACCUGUGUGCGCAAAGAAAAUUACAUAGAUCAAGGGGAACAUUCUACCCAAUUCUUUUUCACAAUAAAUACACAACUGAAGACCAAUUGUGACUUUUUUCCAGCCCCUUGUUAAAUUUAAUUUUUCUAUAUAGAAAAAGAGAAGAAAACCUCAGAUGCUUGCUUCUGCCCCCCUAAAAGCCCCAAAUAUGUGUAAGAACUGUUUUUAUAAAGUACCAAACAAUAUAUUUACUAUCUUGAAUACAGGACUGAACUCCAAUGCACAUGUACUGUAGAAAAAAAAUUUUAACACAUCAAACGAGGCGUCAAAUUUUGUCCCCCAAAUUGGCUAAGUUUUGAAUUUUAUUAUAUAGCCAAUGCUGUGACCAUCAGACAACAUUAAAUAUUUUUAAAUAUUGAAAUAUGUUUUAAAUACAUUAAAGUAUAUAAAAUGUCCUCCAAGUUAUUAAGCAAAGCAAUAUAACAAAAGGAGAAGAAUGUUGAUUGGCAAUAAUUAUAUUUUUACAUUUUUAUCACUACAAAUUCAAAAUUAAGAUAAUCAAGGUGAUAAUCCAAAUUUAGAGUCAUUCGUUCUAGGUAUGAAAAUUACAAGAAUUUUAGAAAAAAUAUAACAUCCACUGUAUACUAAAGUCUGCAAAACUGAAGCAGUGAAAUUCAUGCCAGUCCAUAUCCACAUAUUUUAUAGACGCCAAAAAUAGGUGAUAUUUCCUCACCUAUGGUAACUGCUACCUGAUUUUUUUAAAGCGUGAUUUAUACCUAUCCAUCCUCAAUGACAUGGUUAGUUCUGGGGUAAUAGGAAAAACUACAGAACCUACCACAAAGUAUACCUCAAUAAGUCCUCUAGCUCUGCUUCUCAAAUCUGAAGAGUGUGCUAGCAGGAUAAUAAUUUUUAAACUACCUGGUUAACCAAAACAAAAAGCAGCUGACUAUGUGUGAUUUCCUGAUAGUACAUCAUUUCCUGGUACCUUUGUGCCAGAAAUGAAUGAAGAUUUGGAUUUUCCUAAUGACUCCUAUCAAGAGUGUAGUAACUCAGUGUUCAGAUUAUAGGAGAACCUGAAUCCACAAGUUAACUGUGAUUCGCAUUUCUGUUACUGUGACACACUAAUGUGACCCAAAAACUGGCUUAUCCUUGAGUGUUUACAAUUCAAAUUACUUUUUUUAAGUUCAGUAGUUAUUUUAAAUAAGCAAACUUUAAUGUCAAAUUAAUACAUUAGAAGUAGCUUUCUUUAAAACAAAAAAAAAAAUGUACACCAAAAGGCCAUGAGGAACUUUGUGCAAGUACCUUAUCGCUGAGGAAAUGGAGCUUGCUAUGUUGGAGGUUCAGAACUAUUUCUCAUUUAAGUAGUAUGUAGGAUCAAACCUUUUAAGAAUUUUUUUCUUCAUAUUUACUCAAAAAUAAGCUUACAAUAAGUUUUAUCUUAAAAUCAUAUGUUUAAGGCAGUAAGACACUAAACCAAAACAAAAAACAAAAAACAAAAACAUUUUAACAACUCAACUCCCAUUGUUCUCUGUGGCAUUUAUUCCAGCAAGCACAGGAAAUAGCAAAGAGAAUCUACAAUGCUGUCCCAAAGCAAUUACACAUGAAAGAUUACCAAUGCAGGGCUGGGCUUUGAAGGCCAAAGUGUUAGUGAAGAAACAGAGCUUGACACCUAGCAAGAAGAAAGGAGUUUGGAGCGUUGGGUGCUCAAGUAUGAAAGAUUGAAAUAUUUGAAGUAGUUCAUUAGUCAUAAAGGUCACUAAUAAAUAGUUGCAACUUAGGUGUAAAUCUGUGUGGGAGUUUUAUAGCCUUUGGCAGGUGAAAAAGCAGACUGGGACUAUGUCCUUUCCUCCUCAUUAUACUUUGUAAUAGAAGAAAUGACAUAUGCCCUAUACCUUGUAACAGGACCUGCAAGGGCCAAUACAUGGCAGUAGUGUGGAGAGGCAGUCCAGAAAGCCAGUUUUAAUGAGAAUCCUGGUUGGAAGUGUGAACAUUUUGGCAGGUUAGGAGCCGUACUGGAGAGAGAAUGGUUUGAUUUUGUGGCAGUUUAGUUUUAUUACCAAAGCACUGGUAAUAAAAUGCAUCAUGUAAGAUGUCUGAAAACUAGAAUAGGGCUGGUAAACAAAUUUCUGAAUGAAUGAGUAAAUUCAAACAAAGGCAGAUCGUAAGGGCAAAGAGCAAGAAGGGAAAAUCAGCCACUCAAUGUCCCUUCGCAUGGAGUUCAGAAUGGACAAGAUUAGGUACUUUCUGUAUCACCAUUUCUGAGAUAAAUUGAUAGCUAAGUGAUGUUUUCUUCCAAGUUUCAUUUCUUUGAGUGCUAGAGAGAUAGCUAGGUAACUAAAGCCCAUGCCUUAUAGCUGUAAAUUCCAUCCGCAGACAUCACAUACAAAUUCCAGUCAGUGAUGAAUACUUUCAAUUCCUGUGCUAAGAGGAUAGACAAGUAGAUCUCUAGAGCUUGCUGGCCAAUGAGAAGCCCUAUCUCCAAACAGGUGGCUAGAUGGCACUCCUGAGGAUGACACUGGUUGUUAUCUUCUACUCCCCUUCUCCCUCCCUCGCUUUCUUCCUCCAUUCCUCCCUCCCUCCCUCUCCCCCCUCACUCAUACAAAUACAUACAUGCUCACAAAAAACCACAAGUACACACACACACACACACACAGACACACAGACACACACACACACACACACACAAAUACACAUAAAACACAAUCUAUUCAUCUGAGAUAGUCUCUGUACGAUAGAGAGUAAGUAAUGCCACACACUCUCAAUGGGAUCUUUGAAGUACUUUUCCGGUUGUUCCAAGACAUGUUCCAGUUUGCAUCAUUUAUAUUCAACUUGUACUGAGUUAACCUUUGAAAUGAAUUGUUUGACCAGAAACUCUGUAAUGAAUCAUUGUUUGGCUUCUGAAAUAAAAAUUUGCAGUUA